AUGAGUCUCCGAACAGCUAUGUGCCUCCCGCGGAGGGUGACUCGCCUCCAUAUGUCCGCGGCGGAUAUCCGACGAUGGCCGUCUACCCGAGCUUUCUCCACGACUAUGCACCGGGACGCAACGUGGGGUUUUGUUGGGUUGGGACAAAUGGGGUACAAUAUGGCCAAAAACCUGCGCGCCAAGAUUCCCGCAUCCGACACCUUGAUCAUCCGGGAUGUAAACGAAGAGGCCAUGAAACGGUUUGCCGCUGAGGCUCAGGAGGCCGCUCGAAGCAACAGUGCAGGCGCCCAUGGAGGCCAAGUCGAGACUGCUGCAAGUGCGCGCGAGGUCGCCGAAAAGUCGGUGGUGAUGGUGACGAGCCUUCCGGAAUCUCAACAUGUCAUCGAUGUGUACCAAUCCAUCCUCAAAAAUGGCCCGUUGCCCCAGCUCGAGCAGGAGCGUCUGUUUAUUGAUACAUCAACCAUUGACCCAGUUACAUCCAAGGAUAUCGCGAAUGCAAUCCACACCACACAAACCGGCCACUUUGUGGACGCCCCCGUAUCCGGGGGGUGCGAGCUGCUUGAGCGCAUCCGCGGCGUUCUUGCUUUGAUGGGCAAGAAGUUCUGGCAUCUCGGUGAACCCGGUGCUGGUGUGUCCGGCAAACUGGCAAACAACUACAUCUUGGCACUGAACAACAUCGCUACUGCCGAGGCUAUGAACUUGGGUGUCCGCUGGGGACUCGAGCCUAAGGCAUUGGCGGACAUGAUCAACUCGUCUACCGGUCGGUGCUGGCCGUCUGAGGUCAACAACCCUGUUCCUGGUGUUGUUGAAACGUCACCCGCGUCUCGCGGCUAUGAGGGCGGAUUUGGGGUCAGCUUGAUGCACAAGGAUCUACGCCUGGCUCUUGCUGCCGCGGAACAAUCUGACACUCCUCUUGUCCUCGGCACCCAUGCUCGUGAAGUCUACAAAGCCGUGGAAGAUGGACAUCGCGGAAAGGAUUUCUCGGUGGUCUAUAAGUGGCUACAAGAGAAAUCCCAAUAA